AUGGAAAAAGUCGACACCACUGCUCGCCUUGCCGAGCUUCGCAAGCUUAUGAGCGAGAAAAAAGUUGACGUGUAUAUCGUCCCCUCUGAGGAUAGCCACUCAUCUGAGUACAUUGCCCCGUGUGAUGCUCGACGUGCCUUCAUCUCCGGUUUCACUGGCUCUGCAGGCUGCGCUGUCAUUACCCACGAGAAAGCUGCUUUAGCUACAGAUGGCCGCUACUUUAACCAAGCCUCUAAGCAGCUUGACGACAACUGGCAUUUAUUAAAGCAAGGUCUCCAGGACGUUCCUACUUGGCAGGAAUGGUCUGCAGAACAGGCUGCUGAUGGUAAAGUUGUGGCUGUAGACCCGACGUUAUUGACAAGCAACGCUGCUAAGAAGCUCUCGGAGAAGAUCAAGAAGGGCGGAGGCAAGGAACUAGCCGCAGUUGAUGAGAAUCUAGUUGAUAUAGUUUGGGGUGAUGACCGACCACCUCGACCCAACGAACCCGUGAUUGUUCUCAACGACAAAUUUACCGGGAAGGAUGUGAAGACAAAGCUAAGCGAACUUCGAAAGGAGCUCGAGAAGAAAAACUCGAUCGGAUUUGUCGUAUCGAUGCUUGAUGAAAUUGCUUGGCUUUUCAACCUCCGAGGAAACGACAUUCCGUUCAAUCCGGUAUUCUUCUCCUACGCCAUUGUCACGGCCGAUGAGGCUACAUUAUACAUCGACUCGUCGAAGUUAAGUGACGAGGCCCAAUCUUACCUUGCGGACAAUGACAUCGUCAUUAAGCCAUAUGAAGAUAUCUUCAACGACGCCUCCGUGCUUCGCCAAUCAGUUGAAAUCAAUGAAUCGGGAGAAGCUAGCAAGAAAAUUCUUAUCUCCAAUAGGGCUUCGUGGGCUUUGAAGCGAGCUCUUGGUGGCGAUGAUAUAGUGGAUGAAAUUCGAAGCCCUAUUUGCGAUUCUAAAGCCGUAAAGAAUGAGGUCGAGUUAGAAGGCAUGAGAGCAUGCCAUAUCAGGGAUGGUGCAGCUUUGAUCGAGUUCUUCGCUUGGCUUGAAGACCAACUGAUAGUAAAGAAGGCGACUAUUGAUGAAGUCGCAGCCGCGGACAAGCUCGGAGCUCUACGUGCGAAGCAAAAGGACUUUGUCGGACUUUCUUUCCCCGCGAUAUCGUCGACCGGGCCAAAUGCUGCUGUCAUUCACUACCAGCCGGAACCUGGAAACUGUUCGGUCAUCGACCCCAAUGCGGUCUAUCUAUGCGAUUCUGGAGCGCAGUAUCUUGAUGGUACUACUGAUACAACUCGCACAAUACACUUUUCCGAGCCUACUAAGGCUGAGGUCGAAGCUUAUACGCUCACACUAAAAGGCAAUAUUGCUCUAGAUAGAGCCGUAUUCCCCAAAGGCACAACGGGAUUCGCACUAGAUGCCCUCGCACGUCAACAUCUAUGGCUUCAAGGACUUGACUACCGUCAUGGUACCGGCCACGGUGUUGGUUCGUACCUAAACGUGCACGAAGGACCGGUUGGCAUUGGUACCAGGGUGCAAUAUUCGGAGGUUGCUCUAUCCGCUGGAAAUGUCAUCUCUAACGAGCCCGGCUAUUACGAGGACGGUUCAUUCGGCAUCCGUAUCGAAAAUAUCGUUAUAGUCAAGGAAGUGCAGACUAAAUAUAAGUUUGGCGACAAACCGUACCUUGGAUUCGAGCACGUUACUAUGGUGCCGUACUGCCGUAAACUUAUUGACACUAACCUCCUGACGAGCGAGGAGAAGACAUGGCUGAACGACUAUAACGCUGAUAUUUGGAAUAAGACCAAAGGGUACUUCGAGGAGGACGAAUUGACAUUAGCGUGGCUAAAAAGGGAAACGCAGCCUUUCUAA